AUGGCUGAUCAUGUUGAUAACAAUGAAAAACCUCCACUGCCAUUUCAAAUACCAAUGCAACAUCAAAUGGGACGCAUUUACACUCGGGAAAUUAUGAAAAUGUUUGAGAAGGAAGACUUCAGAAGUCUUUUAUGCUUGUUCGAACUUGUAGACGAAGAUGAAAUGCACUACAGAUACAAAGUGAGUGAGCGGGUAAAUCCGGGGGUGACACGGAUGAAGGAGCUUGUGCAUGAUAAAGAUGCCGAUAAAGCUUAUUGCAGCUACAAAGGAUUUGAAUUUUGGGGUAUUUCGUGCCGACACAUCCUAGCAUUCUUAAGAAUGAAGCAGGUGGAGCACUUGCCAGACAAGUACAAAUCGAAACGAUGGCUUCAAAGUGCGAAAAGUGGUGUAAUAUAUGAUAAGAAUCACAAAGAAGUUAACGAUUGCGUUGAUGGUUUGCUUUUGGUUAAGAGAUCGAAAGUUUGCAAAGUUGCAAGUGAUUUGAUUGAUUCGACUUUGUUGUGUGAUGAAGGUUUUGAGUUGCUGGAAAAAUCUUUUGAGCACAUUCGUGGGAAGCUUACAAGGUUGGUGUCAUCAAGAGCUCAUGUCGAAGAACCCAAUGAAGAUGUCGGAACUAGUUAUCCCCAACUCAGAAUCAAAGAUCCACAUCGAGUGAAAGUAAAAGGGCGUGCAAAAAGGGUUAAAGGAGAAAAAGAGAAGGCAGCUCAACGACAUAAACAUCGGUGCACUGAAUGUAGGAAGACUGAUUAUGAUAGAUUGAGUUGUCCAAAACUUGCAAGCCCCUCUUCAUGUUCCGACACAGAACUUGGUGGUCUAGUUGGUGAGAAUUUGCAGCCCACUCAGAGCACGCAGGACAGUGAACCUACUAUGACAGAGUCAUUUAUGCAAGAGUUUGGUUUCAUGUAUGGUCCAGCAGUUUGA